AUGGCCAACCCGGCGUAUAAGAAGGCGUAUGAUGAUGCUCGUGCUGAGUGUAAGGCACUCAAUGAAAAAAUAAGGGCCGAGAGAGCUACACGAGAGCAAGGGAAACAGCAAGAGCAAGGGAAACAGCAAGAGCAAGGGGAACAGCAAGAGCAGAAGCAAGCACAAUCGAAUAACACCACUGGUACAACAGCGCCUACUCAAGCGGAGCGUGAUGUCUCCCCUCCAAACUUUGUUCUCGGUAAGAACCUUCCUCUAGACGACGUUAAGAUGGCAGAGGCGGAUGAUAAUAAUAUGGGUGUAGACUCGGAGAGCAGCGAACAGUCCGCGCCCGCGCCCGCGCCCGCUAUCACGCCUAUUGUACAAUCAUCCAAGCGCAACCCGAAAGCGAACCCAGGUGCCGUUAACGCCAACCUCCGCGCACUUAACAGGAGCGGCAAGCCGUGUCGCAAGUGGGAGUGCAAGGACCUCCAAAUCAAGAGCUUUACCGGCGUCACGUGGUCCCUACCUACCUGGCGUCCCAAGGAGACCGCCGUAGACGCCAAAAAGGACGUCAAGAGCGACUCUUGUACCUUAGGCGUACACGAAGACGGCAACGGGAGAGCAUCAAGACCGAGGUCGGCGCUUCACCUCUCAGUCCUCUCCAGCUUCGGCGACGGCGACGGCGACGACAAUCUAAUGAAUCAGGAAGAUAGCUAG